AAAAAAAAAAAAAAAAAAACGUUGAAAGUUCGUUGUCUCCACCAAACGGCCAAACAUUGCGCGCGGACCGCAUUGUUUUCGUGAAACUCGCAUCGCAUACAAACAAAAAACCAGUUCUCACACCCAAACGCACUCGAGAUAGAAAAAAGAAAAAAGAAAAAAGAAAAAAUAAAUUGCACGCAACCUCAAAAUAUUUAUAGAUCUGCCGUAUUUUUCUUCAGCUUCUCGGAUCUGUCACCAUGUGGCGUUCUCUGUGGCGAUCCAUUGAUCGCUUCUCUCUUCAGCACUUCAAGUAUGUGAUUAAUGAAUUGAGGGAAAUCCAAGUUGUGGAUAAGCAUAACAGGGAAUUAGUUAUAGAUCUUCUGCAGUCCAUCGUAGAGAUAGUUACAUAUGGUGAUCGACAAGAUCCUUUAAUUUUUGAGAGCUUUAUGGAAUACCAAGUUUUGGCAGAGUUUGUUCGUGUGCUAAAGAUCAGCAGAAAUUCAAGAAUUGAGGCACCAUUACUUCAGUAUCUUAGUAUAAUGAUCCAAAACAUGGAUAGUGAAUAUGCAAUUUACUACUGUUUGAGCAAUGACUACAUCAACAGCAUUAUAACACAUCAAUACAAAUUUGAUGGGGGAGAUCUAGCUCCAUAUUACAUAUCAUUUUUAAGAGCAGUGAGCAACAAAAUAAAUCGUGACACGCUUUGUCUUCUUGUAAAGGUUCAGGGGGAUGCUGUAGUGUCUUUUCCCCUGUAUACUGAGGCUCUUAAAUUUGUUCAACAUGGGGAAAAGAUGAUUCAGACAGCUGUACGUGCUUUAACUCUGAACAUUUACAAUGUUAGUGACAGAAUGGUUUAUCAGUUUGUUUCAACUCCUCCAGCAUCGGAAUACUUCUCAGAUUUGGUUCAUAGCUUGAAACAGCAAUGCAUUCAUUUAGAUAGCCUUGUCCUAGCUACAGAGAAUACUUGCACUGAUCAAAGAAGAAAGGAACUACUUGUGGAAACUGAUAAAAUUGUUGAUGAUCUAUACUACUUUAAGGAUAUUCUCUCUGUUGGUGAAUCUAGUUUGAGUGAAGUGGUUACCCAGAAUCUUCUAAACUUGUUUGUAUUCCCCAUAUUGCUUCCAUUACUUCAACUGAGGCAGAAUGAUGUCUCAAAUCUAUCUGCCGUCACUUCUCUGUACAUAGUUUCUCUUCUUAUUCAAGUUGUUGGUGGAAAAAGUAUUAUCAACUCUGUGAUUGAAAUUGUUCUAUACCCAUUUAUGUUUAGUCAGAAAGAUGCUAAUGAAGGCAUCACAGUAAAUUCAUCUUUCAACCAUUUGACUGAUGUGGAAAAAUUGGUCUGCUCUGGUUCUGAGCUGAUGGGAGCAGAAAACAUUGAUGAGCAUCUUUCCAACAAGAACGUAUCAUCCAAUUCUCAUUCUGUUAACUGUUCCAUGGAUGAUAAUGUAUGUCCGAAAAGGAGUGGGAUUCUGGCACUUAUUUUAUCUGACAAUCACAGUCUCUUGCUAGCAUCUCUAUUUUUUUUGCUUACAUUAGCAGGGAGUAAAGAUGCUGAGAAUUCACUGGCUUCAAUGAUUGGACUAACUGCCAUACAGCAUGCGAUGAAUCAGGACAUCUCAGCUUCACAGGUAGUUGAUGGAAGUAUCCUUGCAAAGUUUGUGCCACAGAUUUUAAAUGCAUUAUUGAAGGUUUUAGCUACUGUACCACCAACCUCUGUACAAAUACAAUGGCAUUCAGGGUGGCUUUUUUACAAGCUGCUAGUUUCCCAGGGAAAGAGCCUUGAUCCUCAUAAUUUGCUGAUGUUUAAUACCUCAUAUGAGCAGUCCUGUGACCGCUUCCAGAAAGAACUUGAUGGAUGCUGGUUUGAUCAUAUCCUGGACACUUUGAGAAAUGAAUGGAAUAACUGUAAAACAGCUCUUGAGAAACCAUCUCAAUCCAAAGAUCCUUUUUUCCUUCUCGAGCUUGCUGUUUGCUUGCAAAUCACUGAUGGCAAUGAAACAUCUUCUUAUAGUUCUUGGCAGAGAAUGGUCGACAUAGUGAAGGUUUUCAUACUCCAUCUUCAGUUGAAGGCUUUUAUUAGCAAAGGAGAGUUACCUGAAAACCCCUUGCUAGCUCCUCUGAGCAGUCCUUCUGUUGAUUCUGGAAGAACCCAUGUUUCAGAUCUUUCAUCUGCAAGCUUUGGGUCAGAGAUUUCCUUAGAAUCUGGGAUCCCUUGCAGGAUUGCCUUUUCAAAUGCUGGAGUCAGGGAUAUUUACAUGAUACCUGCGGCAAGAGGAACAUCUGGGAAAUUGCUUCUUGUAGAAAAACAUCCCUUCCGCAGCCAACGGGGAGUUGUAAUUGCCAUUGCUCCAUUAGCAGCAUUAAGUCCGAAGAUGGAAGAGGAUCAUCCCACAUGGUUGCAUCUGAGGAUAAGAGACUUUGCCCCAGGAUUAAAAGGAAGUAAAACCAGAGGCUACAACUCAAAAGGCUCCAACCAUGCUGUAGAUGGGAGAUGGACUCUAGGUUUUCCAAAUGCAAAAGCUUGUGAGGCUGCUCGCUUUGCCAUACUGGAGGAAACUAAUAAGCAGAGAACUGCUAUCAGGAACGCACUUGCUUCACUACUUGAAGAGCAAUCAGAUGAGGAAAACUCUAAAGCAAGACUUAGUAGGUAGGUAAACUAAUCCCUCUCUUCUCUCUCUCUGUUGAGUUCUUCUUUCAGUCUCUUUUUCUUUGAAAAUUUUGUUCAUGUAACAUAGACAGGAAAUCUCUGCAUUCUAGGCAUAGUGAUAAUAUACCAUUGUGAUACUGAUGUUGUUGUUCUGUUAUGUAUUACGUUUGAAAUGUGUAACGAUCAACUGCAAAGCAAGUUUAUUUGAGUUUUGAACAUUUAAUAGAAACGAGUAUAAACAAAACGUAAUUUCUGUCACCAUUUGAAAGUGGAUUCAUAUCAAACAAUUUAAUUGCA